CACCUACCCAUCUGCAUUCCUCAGCCUCCUAGAGGAGGUCAGAGAGACCAAACUGCUAUCAUCCCUCGUUCUGCCAUGAAGAAGAUUGUGCUAAAGAUCAGCAUCUUUUGCCUCAAGUGCAAGACUUGCGUCAUGAGGACCGUCGCUAAAGUCGAAGGAGUAAAUGAGAUAAAGGUGGAUGUCGAGAAGGGCACAUUGACGGUGAUCGGAGAUGCUGAUCCGGUGACCAUCGUGGAAAAGCUGAGGAAGAUUAGAAAGGCAGUCGCAAUCGUCUCCGUGGGAGAAAAUACUGAACCCGAGGCCAAACAUGAACCUAAACCCAAACCCGAACCCGAACCGGAGCUGAAUCCAUGCAGGCCCUUGCCACAUUGCUGUCGCAGUUGCCAGCCGGUUGCAAUUGGAUACGUUAGCUAUGACGACUGGAAUUUGUGCUCCAUUCUCUGAAAGAGUACUAGCUAGUUUGUCUAAAUUCCGCAGCUUAUUCUUGUUUUGCUGUUAUGUCUUCAAACUUUUGUUCCCGAGGCGGUUUCAACAUUGGCUGUGUCCUCGCAAGGACAUAUAAGAACGUAGUUUUUCUGUAAGG